AUGCCAGCUACUACAUUUGGUUCGCAACGUUUCGCUCAGCCAAUCGGAGUGCCCUCAAAUCGCCUGCCUUCGUUUGGAAGUCAAUCCACGUACGAGAAACCUUUCAUCCGCUACGUCAAUGCAAGACAGCCAACACCGCCGCGGCUUGAUUACGCUGCCGUUACGGUUGGUCAGUCCGAUGAAAGCUUGCCCGCAAUCGCAAGCGAUGUAGCAUCGGUGGAUAUGGCAUCAAGCGUGAACUACACAAAAAUAGAUCUGGAAAAAACUCGCGCAGUCGAAGUAGCGGCAAGCACCGUUGAAAAGGAAAAUCCACAUCGACGGCAAUUUCCGGCCAGUACAUCACUGGGCAGUUGA